AUGGCCCCGGAGCCUGCGUCGACCAAGAGCGGAGGGCUCUCGCUGUAUGCGAACCUCUUGGAGCAGUCCUCAGAAAACUCCUCGACGAUAUCUCGGGCACCGGUCGUCUUUAAGCAGAGCUCUGAAGGCGAUUCUCAGCCAGACGAUGCCGCUGCGGAGAAGCAGCAGAUAAGUGCCGCCUCUCUACGGUUUCAGCCUGUGAAGAGACCACAGUUGUCUGCUCAGAAGCCGAAACAGAAGCCCACGUUUCCCAAGCCAGGCUUGCCUGGCGCCGCCGCGGGGACUGCCGCUAAUAAUACGGCUGCACAGCCCCCUGUGAAAACGACACUUGCAGACUGGGCUUCAACGCCCGACGACGAUGAUGUCAACGGAUUCUAUGCUGGGGAGAAACGGCAGCGUGGUGGGCGAAAGAAGCGGAAGAAGAAUCGUGAUGCGCAAGUCGCUGUGACGAACUGGGAUGACAUUUACGACCCUUCCCGCCCGAACAAUUACGAAGAAUACAAGCAUAGCGAGGAGAAGAUUCGUGAAGUCAGGGAGUGGAAGGACCGUCUGUAUGCACACCGCAUGGCCAGACGACGCAGCAGUGAUCUCGACAGCGACGAAGAGUACUCUCGGCCGAUGAACCGGCAAUUUGCUCCUCCACCCUACAACUUUGCACCACCUAAGAACCUCAACGAUAUGCCGACGGAACCACCGCCUCCCCCUCCUGCAGACGACGAGGUUGAAAUGGCCGAGGACGAUUACGAACCACCACCUCCUCCGGCGUCUGUUCCUGACGACGCAAGUGGCGAGGACGCGUACGCCAGACGACUUCGGAUGACCCAAAAUCAGGGCCAGAUGCCGAUGGCGGAUCAUCCCCCACCACCACCACCACCCCCGCCUGAGGCUCCUCCGGUCCCUCCUUUGUCUGCAUUCCAACCUCCUUCUGCAACCAUAUCGCGCGCCCCGGUCCGAUAUACCCUACCACCUCCUCCUGAGGACAUUCCAGCGACUGAAGAAGAGCUGGAAGCAGUAUUUGCAAGCGAGAAACCUGUCGACAAGGAAGAUGGGGACGCUCCUCGCUCUCUUCGCCCUGGGCAGAAAGGGUUUGCAGAACGUUUGAUGGCCAAGUAUGGCUGGACGAAAGGAUCUGGACUGGGUGCCAGUGGGUCUGGAAUCGUCAAGCCACUUGAAGUCAAGGUUGAGAAACAGAAGAAGAGACCCGACUCAGAGGGCGGAGGAUUUGUUACCCCUGCAGGCAGAGGUAAAAUCAUCGGCGGUGAGAGGAAGUCGGAAGAGGAAGGGAAGUUUGGACCCAUGAGCGAAGUAAUCGUGCUUCAUGGGAUGCUGGAUGGGAUGGACUUGGAUGCUGAAUUAGACAGUGGUCAAGAUGGGGGCUUAAUACAGGAAAUAGGGGAGGAGUGCAGCGAGAAGUAUGGACGUGUUGAACGAGUCUUCAUCCAUCGGGAAAGCACUGGUCCCGUGCCUGUCUUUGUCAAGUUCACCACUCAGCUGUCAGCCUUACGUGCUGUUAAUGCUUUGGAAGGCCGUGUAUUCAAUGGCAACACGAUCAAGGCCCGAUUUUUCGAUAGCGAGAAAUUUGAAAAGGGCAUUUAUGAGUGA